CAAUCAAACGGCAGGAUUCAUAUGAGUUUCCUGUCUCUUUCCUUGACGAUGUUUUGAUUUCUAUGGCUUUCUUAUGCCCUAUAUAAACCCCCAUCUGCACUCUCUUGUGAUGUAUCUUCGUAUUGUAGUUUUGAUAUAUCCUUCUCAUUCUCAUUGCCAAUUUGUUCAAAGUUUACUUGGGCUUUCAUUUCGUUCAGGUGUCAAGUUCAGGUUCUUAUUAGUUCUUAAGGUUGGUAUGGUUGUGUUUUUUGCUGAUAUUUUCUGAUAAGUUUGGAGGUCACCGAUCAAUCUGUCAGUGUGCGCCUACCUAUUUGGAUUGAUGAACAAGUGGCUAUCAAAAGUGCAGGUUUUUCAUACCUGUAACUUUGGUCGUUGCGAAUCUUUGUGAUUGUUGCCAUGGAAACAUUUGGCAGUGAGAGGUUGUGAUUGCAGCCAGGUGCUGCAGCAAACUCUAUUGCGAAAUAUAUCCGGGCAGAAACAUUUAAUAAAGCUGCAAAUGGAAUUGCCUUUUCCGGCAGAACAGCCAAAGAAUUUCUCUACCUCUUGCUGCCUCCCAUGCUCUCCCUGUUGAACAAAGCUUUGUGGAGAACAUCUUAUUUAACUAUAAGACUAUGCUUUUGAUGCUGAUAGAGCUAACUCAGUCGAUCAAAAUGGAGUAUGAAAACAAGUAUCAGCAUGUUCCAGCGGCAAAAUACGAGUGUCUUCUCUUUGAUGUGGAUGAUACCCUUUAUCCUCUGAGUUCUGGUUUAUCCAAGGCAUGCACCAAGAAUAUCGAAGAAUUCAUGAUUCAAAAGCUUGGAAUAGAAGGAAACAAAGUCACAGAGAUUAAUCGCGUGCUAUACAAAAAUUAUGGGACAUCAAUGGCUGGUCUCAGGGCUGUUGGCUAUAACUUUGACCAUGAUGACUACCAUAGCUUUGUUCAUGGGAGAUUACCGUACGAGAACCUGAAACCUGAUCCUGUCAUGAGGAGUCUUUUGCUUAGCUUGCCAAUUCGCAAAGUUAUAUUCUCAAACGGGGAUAAGGUCCAUGUGGCUAAAGUUCUAAGGAAACUUGGCUUGGAGGAUUGCUUUGAAAGGGUUAUAAGCUUUGAGACACUUAACCCCACUAAUGGAAGCAGUACUUCAGAUGGAGAAGACAGCUUGAAGUUGAGAGGCUUAAGUUCUGAAAUUCUUGAUGCCACCAAUUGCCCUUGCCAAUCAGCACUUCCAGAAACCCCAAUAAUCUGCAAACCAUUUGAAAAUGCAUUUGAACAAGCCUUCAAUAUAGCUAACAUCAACCCUCAAAAAACACUCUUCUUUGACGAUAGCGUCCGCAACAUACAAACAGGAAAACAAAUAGGCCUCCACACUGUGUUGGUGGGCACUUCCCAGAGAACAAAUGGAGCAGAUUAUGCAUUAGAGAGCAUACACAACAUCAGGGAAGCACUCCCAGAGCUGUGGGAAGCAGAUAACAAGAAAUCAGAAGGUGUCAGGUAUUCUGGAGAGGUUGCAAUCCAGACAUCAGUGAUGGCCUAGCUGCUUCCUGAUCAACAGCAAAAUGUCAAGAUCAAAAUUUCACAAAAUUCCAACAAUCCCUCUAACAUUUUGUGGUGUAGAUUUGUGUCCACAGCCACUUUUUGUCCUCAGUGUGGAAUUUGUAUCUUUCACUUUAACCAUCAAUAAAGAGUAUCUUUUCUUGAUUCA